ACAAAAUACCGUCCAUCAUGGAUCCCGAUUGCUUUGCCAUGUCUUCAUAUCAGUUCGUCAACUCACUGGCCUCAUGCUACCCACAACAAAUGAACUCACAACAGGGCCAUCCCGGUAAUCCCAGCGGCAGUGCAAAUACCCCGAACAGUAAUGGCGGCCCUGGGGCUGGUAGUGCGGGUAGCGCUAACUCCGGUGCUGCCACACCGGGUAAUGAUUAUUUUCCUGCCGCAGCUGCAUAUGCACCAAAUCUAUACCCGAACACACCUCAGGCUCAUUAUGCCAAUCAGGCAGCAUAUAGUUUAGGUGCGGGCGGUGGUGGUGGAGCUGGUUCUCAGGCUACACCUCCCGAAAUGGUUGAUUAUACACAAUUGCAACCUCAACGUUUGCUGAUGCAACAUCAACAGCAACAACAACAGCAGCAACAUAAUGCUCAUGCGUCUGCUGUCAAUCAACAGCAACAACAGCAGCAACAACAACAAUUAGCCCAACAACAACACCCGCAACAACAAACUGGCAAUCUCAGCUGUAAAUAUGCCAAUGAUCCUCAAACACCCACCGGCAAUAAUAAUAGUUCCAACAAUACAAAUAACAAUCAAUCAUUGGCCAGUCCUCAGGAUCUAUCGACACGGGAUAUAUCACCGAAAUUAUCACCAUCAUCGGUUGUGGAAAGUGUGGCCAGAUCACUGAACAAGGGUGUGUUGGGUGUUAAUCUAAACAAUAAUCACAGCAAUAAUGUUAACGUGCCCAUGCACAGUCCCGGCGAAGGUGAAUCGGAUUCGGAAAGUGAUAGCGGCAAUGAGGCGGGCAGCAGUCAAAAUAGUGGCAAUAAGAAAAAUCCUCCACAAAUAUAUCCCUGGAUGAAGAGAGUACAUCUGGGUCAAAGUACUGUCAAUGCCAAUGGCGAAACAAAACGACAACGGACCUCAUAUACCCGCUACCAGACACUGGAACUUGAAAAAGAAUUCCAUUUCAAUCGUUACCUGACCCGCCGGAGACGCAUCGAAAUCGCUCAUGCACUCUGUCUGACUGAACGCCAAAUUAAAAUUUGGUUCCAAAAUCGUCGCAUGAAAUGGAAAAAGGAACACAAAAUGGCCUCCAUGAACAUUGUACCCUACCACAUGGGUCCCUACGGUCAUCCCUAUCAUCAAUUCGAUAUUCAUCCGUCACAGUUUGCCCAUUUGAGCGCAUAGGACGCGUGGCACUUUUCGGGUACUGGUUAGAGGCUCAAUCAGUUGUAUCAGGAACCAUAUCAGGCGGCAGCAGCAGCCAGUGUUGCUGGCGGUUAUCAGACACAGAACGCUCAAGAUUUGGGCGGUACUGGUGGUGGCGGUGUGGGUGUAGGUGUUGGCGUUGUCGGCGGCACAGCGGCCGUCGGUGGCGGGGCGAAUGCUCUGUUUGCCUCGGCGGCGGCCGUGGCGUCUUCAGCGUCAAAUGCCGACUGUGUUAAAUAUCCACAAGAAUUCUGAUCUCAAGUUAUUAUUGCACCGCAACAGAGGUUAAUGUCAUCGGCCGGGUUGUCUUCACACCUAGAUGAUAAUGUGGCCAGUAGUAGUGGUGGUAGUUGUAUAGAGGGUGUUAUACACGACAAUGAUGAUGGGGAUGAUGAAGAG